AUGGCUGAGAUUGCCCAAUACCUCUUCAUAACACAGGGUCCCGCCCGCCCGACUGGAAAAAAAACCAACCGUCCAGACGUGGCCGCCCCGCCCGCCCGCGAUCAACGCGGCAACCGCGCGGUCAACGCGGCGGCCGCGCAUCGUCUUCCGCGCGUUGCCCCCGUCCCUAUCCACCCUCCCCCAGACCGCGCCUGCCGCACGCCGCCGUCUGCCAGCUCCCCGCCUGCCGCACGCCACCGCCUACCGGCUCCUCGCCUGCCGCGCCUCUCACCUACCGGCAACCGCGCAGUCAACGCGGCUGCCGCGCAUCGUCUUCCGCACGGCGCGCCCCCGUCCCUAUCCACCCUCCUCCAGACGCGGCUGCCGCACGCCGCCGUCUGCCGCCUGCCGCAAGCCACCGCCUGCCGGCUCCUCGCCUGCCGCGCCUCUCACCUACCGUCGUUAAUGCCCCUCCCCGCACCCGCCCCCGCACCCGCUCCGCGCCCGCCGGCUAUAAAAUCUACUCCCGUCGCGCCCGCCCUGCCCACACCGCCCGUCCAUCUCACCCCUCUCUCGCCCCCACCGCUGCGUCAUCUCCACCGGCCUGCAAAAAUGGCGUCGAGCGACUCGGACAGCGACGGCGCGACGGAAGAUCUCUUCCGGUUCGGCCUGUUCGUGCCGCCGGCGGCGAAGGUGCCGCGGCCGUGGAGGAUCUCCGCCGACGGCUACCCCACGCAGGGCCCGCUGGUGACGAACGCCGAGCUGAGCGCGCACCCCGGUGGGCGGUUCAACCGGAGGAACCGCCGCCGAUUUUGGAGGGGCAAGCGGUUCAACGACGUGAUCGGCGCCUUCAAGCGCGCCGCCCGUGGGCUCCCCGUCGGCGACCGAACGCACGUCACGUCACGUCCGGCCAGUGUUUUAGGGCAUUUUCACUGGGAAAAUCCUAAGAAAUGCAUCAAGCGCCGGAAAAAAUAUGCAAACUGGCGUGGGUGCUGUCGACGGUGA